GGGGCGGGGGUGCGGCGGAGCCUCCCGGCAUUGACCGGGGCGGAGGCUCCGCUCGGAGAGUUCAGGGCUGUUCCCCUGUCGGAGCCGAGGAAGCGGCACCUAAUUCCCUGUUGCAAGGCCUGACAAUGGCACGGAAUGAGCACUGCCUUCAAGCCUCCUUCCUGUAAAUAUUAGGACCAAACGAGGCGGUGUGAUGAACAUGCCACUGCAUCAAAUCUCUGUCAUUCCAGCUCAGGAUGUUACCUCUUCCAGAGUCUCCAGGAGCAAGACCAAAGAAAAGGAGGAACAGAAUGAGAAGGCUUUGGGGCAUUCCGUGAGCCGCUCUAGUAACAUCUCAAAGGCUGGAAGUCCAACGUCUAUCUCUGCCCCUCAUAGCUUCUCUCGGACUUCUGUUACACCAUCCAACCAGGACAUCUGCAGUUCCAGUGCAGUGUUUUCUGAGUGUUGUCAUCACAGUCCAGUGCAGUCUGCUGUUGUCUUGAAAAAUCCGCACUGCCAGAGCCCUCUGACACAAGGGGUCACUGUGACAGUAAUCUGUCAGGACAAGUUACAUGCAGCAAAGAGAAACUCCCGUGGGCAGGAUCGGGGCCAGGCACUCAGAUCUGCUAAGAAUGUAAAGCCCACUCGCACUCUGAAAUUCUCCAAGUCCCUCAAUGAUGUGGACCAGAAGGCACAGAGCACCAGCGAGUGCUUUGACUAUGUGGAGCGAACACGGUCAGAAGGCAAAUUGACCCCAACUCAAGAGCAGUGUUUAAGGAUUAACAAAUUUCAUCUUAAAGAGAGGAAACCACUGAAUCUCAGGCCUCUUUCUUUUAGCAAUUCUAAGCACUCCUAUAUCCCUUCCCUUUCCAACUACUCGAGUGCAUCGGGAGGAACAGAGAACCACAGCGCUGUACAUAUCCCCUUGCUGGAGGACAAAGUGGACCAUGACACCUCAAGGAGCAAAAAACUGUUGCGUUACCUUUUUUCCUUCUCCCACACGUCCAGCAUCAGCAGCCUGCAUAAAUUUCAUGAACUGGAGAGCUAUUCCAGUCACUUCCAAGCAGAGAAAUCCUCCAGCAUGCUGGUGGAAAGCACGGACUUCUGCUCAGACGAUAUGGGAGACGAUGACGUCUUUGAAGACAGCACCUCAGUGAAACUGAAAACAAAAGAGCAGCGGGCUCCACUCUGUUCAGUUGAGAAGGACAGUGACCUUGACUGCCCUUCCCCCCUCUCAGAAAAGUUCCCCCCUCUCUCCCCUGUGUCCACAUCGGGGGAUACCUGCAGGAUAUGUCACUGUGAAGGAGAUGAUGAGAGCCCUUUGAUUACCCCCUGUCACUGUACGGGAAGUCUUCAUUUUGUGCACCAAGCCUGCCUGCAGCAAUGGAUCAAGAGCUCAGAUACACGAUGCUGUGAACUGUGCAAGUACGAGUUCAUCAUGGAGACAAAACUGAAGCCUUUGCGAAAGUGGGAGAAGCUGCAGAUGACAGCCAGCGAGAGGAGGAAGAUCAUGUGCUCUGUAACAUUCCAUAUCAUUGCCAUCACCUGCGUCGUGUGGUCUCUCUACGUCCUGAUAGACAGGACCGCUGAAGAGAUUAAACAGGGACAAACUACUGGGAUUCUAGAGUGGCCAUUUUGGACUAAACUGGUAGUUGUGGCCAUUGGUUUCACUGGAGGACUUCUGUUCAUGUAUGUACAAUGCAAAGUGUACGUACAGCUGUGGAAGAGACUUAAAGCUUAUAACCGAGUAAUAUAUGUACAAAACUGCCCAGAAACUAGCAAAAAGAAUAUUUUUGAAAAACCUGCACUAAUGGAGCCAAACUUUGAAAGUAAAGAAAUGUUUGGGGUUCACCAUUCAGACACAAACUCUUCACAUUACACAGAGCCAGAAGACUGUGCUGCAGAAAUUCUUCAUGUCUGAUUGCUGGGUAGGAGGGGUGUUUCUGUAUGUCCUUGAAGAUUUGAAUAUCAUUGUUUACUGCAAACUGCUCUACCUUUUUAAAAUCAGCUAAUAGCUGAGGGCUGGCGGAUGAAUUUUUUUACAUUUUUUUUUGUUGGAAUUUUUUAAAAUCCCUUAGGCAUAUCUGUCAAUGUCAUCUUGGUUGCAUACCUCUCAACAUUUUGUGUCUUGUACUGGCUGAUCAGAGAGUCACAGGAUAUUGGGUAGAAUGAGCCUUGGGUUUGGUAUCAAGCAAGCCGCUAGUGAGCUGUCAUAAACUUCAUGGAGUCUGUUACUUUAAAGAUGACUUAUUCUGGAGUAUGUGUAGAGUGGGUUUGGUUGGUUGGUUUGUCUGUUCUUUAUGCAUGAUGAAGGAGGUUGUCCCAGACACUGAGGGAAAUGAGAGCGCUAGAGUCUAAUCUACCACUAACACUGCCACUAACAUUUUGUCGUAGGCAGCAGGUGUAAAAUUUUGCUUUACAUAUUGUGAUGAGACUUACAAAGCAUAUAGCACUUUUAAAAAUCUUUAUUUUGUAAUAUGUAUGUCAAAUGAGAAUGAAACUUGAAAGAAUGUGUCAUUUUUGAAACAUUUCUUUGUUCUUUACCCCAUCUAUUUUUCUGGAACAUAAACCUCUUGCCUUAUAAAAAAAAAUUUAAAAAAUUCCAGCCUGUGAUUUUCAACACAUGCCCACAUUAUCUUACUAAACAUAACACUAAAAAACAUUGCCUGUUUGGGUUUCCUUUGAGGAGCAAUUUUCUUCAAAGGAUAUUGCACUUGUGACUUGUGUAUGGGGAAUAGUAGAUGUGUACAGUGUUCAUUUUCAAUACAUAAUGGUUUCAGUGCUCUGUUUUCAGGAUUGGAUUUGCUUUUUUUUUCCCCCAACAGGUCAGACCAUAAACACACCUGCACAUAUAUACCUGGUUGACUUUCAUUCCAAACCAUUAGCAAAGGCUUUGUUGCUAUAUUGAUAAACAUGUGAGCUGUUAUGGAAAAAAAGGAAGCUUUGUCAAUACAGCUGAAACUGGUUUUGCUUCUUUAGUGUUGUGUCACGUGUGAACUACCCAAGAAUGUGAUGUUGUCAGAAGAGAUGCUGAGAUUAAAGUUUAGGAAGUAAAUAUCAUAUUAAGUGGAUGAGUUUAAAAGUACCUGCCUGGUUUUAGUCCUGAUGUGAUGCACUAUGUGAUCAGAGAAUAGUUUUGUCUGUGCUUUUGAAUUUGAGGCUGGCUUUUUAAUCAGUCAGCUUUCAUGCAAGGAGAGGAACAGCUUUAAAAUCUGUUUGCCUGGCUUUAGACAGAGGUACCCAAAGCCUGGGGUAUCUGCUGUUGAUUCAUUUGUCCAGUCUGCUUCACUGCACCACUGUUCAACUCCAAGGCCUCAUUUAACCAAAGUCUCAGUGUGAUUGGAGCAGAAGCAAAGCCCCACGAAAAGUCAGCACACAGAGUCUCUGCAUUUGAAAGCUGACCUUCCCGGCCUGAGCGCUAUCUGAAUCUCUGUAAAGUCAAUGAUAAUAAUCUGGUUGGUUUUAGUAGGAGUUGCCUGGACUUCUCAGGUAAAAGUUUUUGUUUACUUGUUGAGAUACUGAACUAAAUUCCGAGCUUGUUCAAGUUUCACUUAGUAUUUUUCAAGUGCAACUUUGAGUACAUUCUUUUCAUAGUAAAAGUAGUUAUUUUAAGACUUCUCAAACAAUAAUAGUUAAGAUACCAGUGAUUUUUUUUUUUGCUUAAAAUCUAAUAUUACUUCAUUUCUGAAUCAAUAUUUUAAUGGAAUGCAGAAGGGACUAUGGUAAGAGAACACAUACCAUUGAUUUCUAAGAGCUGUUAGAGGGAAAGUAUUGUGUGUGCACAUGUGCCUCUGUCACUUCAGGCUUGAAGCUUACUGUCUGUGAUCUUGAACAACACAGUACCUUGUUCUUGAGAUGUGUUAAAACAUCCAGACCUCUGGGCAAUCUUAGUAAAGCUGCACUGGCGUGGGUCUGUGUACUGUACUAGGUGUCAGGAUGUCCUGUGCUUAAGUGAUACAGGCAGACAAACCCUGCAUACCCUGGUAAUAUCGGGGCAGCAGUCUUCAUGACAUGUAAAGUUUGUUGCCUGUGCCUGCCAUAAUUUAAAGUGCAAUUACUCAGGCCCUUUCCUGAACUCUGCUGUGGGUGAUCCUCUUCUGUUAUGGGAACCCAGAUAAUACACUGUCUUGUUCUGUUUUCUGUUUCGUUCUGUGAAAGAUUCACUAAAUAAACUCAGGUGGGUUAAAUAUCAGGUCUUGCACACCUUCGUCAAGUUCUUCUGAAAUGCCCAAGUGCACAAGGCUUACCCGUCUGUGAGACACUCGCGUUACAGCUGCAAGAUGCACGGAAUCAGCUGUCAACCAGUGCUCAGCGCAUCUCGUCCGAUCUGUGACCAGUAGGUGAAAUGAAGAUGGACAAGUUCUGGUAUGAAACCUGGUUGUUCUCCAACUCACAUCCGAGAGGCACUGGUGUGAGAGUGAUGUUCUGACAAGUGCUGAUAUCAGACUGUAACUCGCUGGUCCUGUUGCUGUCACUGUCAUAGAUGAUUUUUGGUGAAAUGUUGUGAAAUCUCAUUUGGUGUUUUGGAAACUCCAUGUGGAACAUGCCAGGUAGUGUUCAGUGUAUUCAGGGUACUGAAGAUUUUUGCUGUGCCCCUGAGUAUCUUAACUUCGAAUGAAAAAUCAUCUCCAGCAAGAUCAUCUAGGGAAAAAUAUUUGCGAAUGAAAGUGUUUUAGCCAGUGUUGCUGCUAAACAUUCCCUCUCCCAGCAGGUCUUUUCUGAGUGAAAAUUAAGGCCUAAUAUUUAAACUCUUUAUAUUGCUUAGGAAUGCUCAUACCAGGAAAGGCUGCAGAAGAGAUCCAUCUCUCAGGGGGGUUCGUUUAUGCUGUUCAUAUUUCUUAUGCUGAUUCUUGCUUGGUGUUAAUGGUGGGCUUCUGAAGCUGCAGUUCUCUGCUUCUGCAUGGUGCCAUCGAAUGUUUGAGAAGGCUGAAUGGUGCUUUUUUCUUCUUUCUCCUCAAGAAGAUACUGUUGACUUUUUUUCAGCUUCCAGCUGUGAGGCACUGAUGCUAGCUCAGGUGAGCGCUGUCCUUCCUGCCCAGGUGUCAGUAAGGGGAACAACCAACCCCUGUCAGAUCAGGCUUUCCAGUACUUCCUUCUGGUAGCUUUUGAAAUGACUGAAAUAGAAGUCUGGUCCUUGCACCUUGGCCAAAGUUCAUGUGGGUUACCUUGGGUCUUUUCUGAGCCCAGAAUUUAAGUAGAAGGGAAAAUAGGCUUAAUACCAUCUACCACAAUCCCUUCCCUAGAUUGCCAGAGCCUUUGGUGAUAUGUCCAGUGCCCUAGACAUCUGACCAGACUCCCAUUCUAUUGGUGUAACUCCUAUCCAAAAAAGCACCAUCUGGGCCGAGUAAAUUUCCCACUGUGUCACAUUUGAUCCAUCUGCCAGGUUAUGAACAUGCAUUAUGUUAGAAAUAUAGAUGUGUGCUGCAGAAAGUUGAUCCCAUUUAAGAGAUCAUGAGAUGUUAUAAUCCUAUGAAUUCUCAGGACUUUCUUCAACUGUAAACCUGUAUUUAGAGAGCGGUUGUUUAAAAUGUUCCCAUAUUCUGAAAAGAUGGCCAGACCUGGGGAUGACUUCCUCUGGUUAAAUAUCAUUGAGAUUGGCUUUGCUUCAGCAGGAGGCAUUCAGUGAAGGUUGAACGAGCCUGCAAGGGGUUAGAGAAAUACUGAGUGUCUGUGCUGUACCUGGGAGAUCCUAAGAAACAAUAGUAAUUCUCUGUCCAAGCCCACCUCUGCCAACCCCCUGUACUGAUCAGAACAGUACCACUUGGGGUGCUGUAAGGAGGGGGCUGCUUGGUGUGCCACUCAUCAGAAACCUCUGAAGUGGUCCAUGGAUGUGGCCAUGCACAGGAGCUGGUUGCUUCUGCCCUGUGGGAGGCAGGGUAAAUAUCUAUUGCGAAGUGGGACCCAGGUCCAGAUUUCUUCUGAAGCUGAAGUAUGUUAAGAUACAGAUUUCUGGUGUAGUCGGCUGUGGAGAUUGUGGCCAGUAAUGAAAAGGAGGUCGGUGACCCUGGGUUGGGUCUCUCUCAAAUAUGGGUGAAACUGGGCAAAUAAAAAAGCAAGGAUAUUACUGGUUGGAUUUCCAUAGCAUUAUAUUAGAUAUGCAAAGAAAACUUCUAAGCAGGACCUUUUAUUUUGUGAUUAUUUUUUAGUUUUGAGAUAUUGCAGUGUCUGUAUGUUCCAAUGAAGUACUGAAAGCACUUGUCUUGUAUAGAAGAUAACUGUUUUAAAAUUGCAGCUGAUCUUGUAUUUAGGUAAAACAUUUGUAGAUAGGUAAUUGUAUAAUGUUGAACAACUUUACACUGGCAUGUGUUGUAUAGUUUAUACAAGACACUUCACACUUCUGCAGAAUUUUUUAGUUAGUAAAUUUCUAGUAACUUAAAUGUAUAGUUUUGUACCCUUUCAUGUAUGUUUGUUUUCUCAGUAUUGCCACUUGCAGAGUUAUUUUUAGUUUCUUAAACUGUAAUUGGUUAUUGGUGUGUGAUACACAGGGUUAUUGACUGCAGCAAUAAAGUGUUUCUAUAAAAACCAGAACAAAA